AUGACGGCUGAAGCAGAGAUAUACAUGACACCACAGCUUGCAAAGCGCAAAGAUGGUCUCUGUCCUUCGCUUCUCAAUGAUGAGGUCCUAAAAGUGUCUACAUCGAAGGGAGGAGGACCUUCGCACGCUGCCAUUUCGAAAUCAUACCAAACGAAUACAAAAUACCUUACAGAAUCCAUCCGAGAGCUGGAGAAUGAAUCUGAGGAGUUGAAGUUUAUUUCUGAUUCUGUGAACAAGUUCUUGAAGGAGUUCGUCGACGGUUCCGAUGAUGUUAGUAGCAUCAGCUUUGAACCAAAGGGUUGUACUUGGAAACUAGAACUUGACAUCGACAAAGUGCAAGCACCUGACUAUCGCAUUCAAAUCGUUUGCAUGGCGAGGGCUUCAGGUGACAAAAGAACUACUUUUGUUGUAGACGCCACCCUGGUUGGCAAAUCAGACACAUCCAUUUCGUCUACUUCAUUACCAGGGUUUAAGGAGGCAAAGGCGACUUUCGAAGCCACCUCUCUAGUUGUGCGCAAAGCUGUGGUGCGAUGUGAAUUCCCUGAAUUUCCCGAAGGAUGCAAAGGAAGAAUCUUUCGAGAGGUGUACCAAUUGAACGCAAGGCUCAAAUCAGGUUCCUUUGCAACUGUGUGUCGUGGUACGCAUCGUGCCAGUGGGAAAAAAGUUGCAAUUAAGUGCGUUCUGCGCAAAGACUUGCCACCGAAUGAUGAUGCAGCAAUUUACGACGAAGUGGCCAUCAUGUCAUCUCUAACACACCCCCAUAUCGUUCCACUUAUUGAUUUCUUUGAAGAGAAAGACUGUUACUUCCUUGUGAUGGAACUGAUGAGUGGUGGUGAUCUUUUUGACCGAAUUGGAAAAAAGAAAACUUACAGUGAAGCUGAUGCACGUGACCUUACAGUUAAAAUGUUGAAGUCUAUGGCAUUCUGCCAUGCGCAUAACAUUGCCCAUUGCGAUAUGAAGCCGAAGAACUUGCUGUUGAUGAGCGAAGACAACGAUUCGUACAUUAAGCUUGCAGAUUUCGGAUUUGCAGCGAGAUGUCAUGCUCCUAAAUCUUUGACAAAACAGUGCGGAACACCAUUUUUUGUAUCUCCCGAGAUUCUCAUGCGACAGCCGUAUGAUCAACAAUCCGAUAUGUGGUCGGUUGGAUGCAUAAUAUUUCUCUUGUUAAGCGGCAAUUUACCUUUUAUGGGGCGCAGUCAAAAGGAGUUAUUCAAGAAAAUCGUUUCUGGCAAGUUUGAGUUUGAUGACGAUGAUUGGUGUGACGUUUCAGAUGACGCAAAGGACCUUGUUAAGCAGUUAUUGAUUCUAGAUCCUGAUCAAAGGAUGACUUCCGCAGAUGCGUUGAAACAUAGAUGGAUGAGGGCAUCUGAUGAUCGCUUGAGAAUGAUGGCGCUAACAGGUACAUCUCAGAGAUUAAAGACUUUCAAUGCACGAAUGAAACUGCGAUCUGCAAUGAUUGCUGUUGAUUGGGUUAGUAGUCUGAAGAAAACAUCGUGGAUUUCGACUCGAAACCUGAACAAAGAGUCGAGUUGA